CACGUCAAUCCUACUCCUCUCGCCACACGUACCGCACCUUGCAUUUUCCAUCGAUCCGUCAUGCAUCUCACUCCCUCUCAAACCCCAACAGCAUGAGUAGCAGAAUACACCCUUCAGGCGCAGGCCGCGGCGGCCGUGCUCGCCGCGCUGCGCCGCCGCCGGCACAUCGCCCGGAAGCGUACACGGUCUGGAAGAGAUCCAGCAUGGGCUUCCAGGGAACAGACGGCUUCUCCGUCUACGAUGGCGCGGGCAGGCUGGUCUUCCGCGUCGACAACUACUCACGGCGGCGAAAGCUGUGCGCCGGCGAGCUGCUGCUCAUGGAUGGACAAGGCACGCCUCUUCUGUCCCUCAGGCCACAGCUUCUCAGCCUGCACGAUCGAUGGAACUGCUACACAGCAAUGGAAGAAGGCAUCGACAAGAAGAAGAAGCAGUCUCCCAUGUCACAGCAACAACGCUUCACAAUGAGCAAGUGCUCCGCUCUGCAAAGCAGCGACGAAGCAGAGGUCUACAUGACAACAACAGCAGGCGCAGCUGCAUCAGGCCAUGGCUGCCAACACCUGCCGGCUGCUCCCAGCUUCAGAAUCGAGGGCUCCUUCUCGAGGAGAAGCUGCAAGAUCCGCAGAAGCGACGGCAAGGAGGCGGCGAGGAUAUCGAGGAAGAACGCUGGCGUGGCAUCCAGACCGGUGACGAACCUCGGAGACGACGUGUUCAGCCUCGUCGUCCGGCCGGGCGUCGACGCUGCCACGAUCAUGGCUAUCGUCGUUGUCAUGGACAGGAUUUGUCACAGACCGUACACGCCAAUGGUGUGUUCUUCACAGUAGCGGUACUAGUAGUAGCAGCAGCAGUAGCAGAGAUGCAACGACGGCUAAGUCCUAACCCAUUUUGUGUGAUCACAAUGUUCCAUCGAAAGAAAGAUGGCUAAAUUCUGAUUUGAUAAUAGGUACGCAAAAUGUGACCUCAGGAUGCAAAUUUCGGAAGAAAAGUCCAGGAGAAAAUGACAUGCA